AUGAUAGAGAUUAAAACUCCAGGUUUUCGCAUAUUAAGUCUUCAGAAAACCAAAACUUUCAUAUUUAUAUUAGUGACAGUAAGCAUAUUGACCGUAAUCAUGGGUUUUUUCAAAAAACUGGACCCUGUUUCAACUGUCAGUAAUACGUAUUGUGUUGAGAACAAUUUCACUAGUUCGAGAUUGGUGUGGCCGGAACAAUUGCCCUACGGUGACAGAAUCAUAGAGCAAAUGUAUUACGUGCCGAAAGACUACGGAUACGUGAUGACACCUUACAAACGGAUUUUAAUCCAAAAUGGCAUCGGUGAAGAUUGGGAAGUUCUCAAAUCCGACCAGGGCGAGUUCAUUGGAUGUCCCGUGAGUCAAUGUUGGUUGACGCACAACAAGUCACUGGGUCCGGAUGUCGACGCGGUCCUUUUCAGACAUUAUUACAAACGCCCUGAGUACCGUAGGCCGCCCAAUCAGAUUUGGAUUUUAUUUAACACUGAAUCCCCGCAUUCCACGUCACGCAUAAGCGACGCCAACGUAUUCAACUGGACGGCUAACUACCGCUGGGACAGUGAUGUACCGCGUCCUUAUGGUUACUUCAUGAAAAAUAACUCGCCUCUGCCUCGAUAUGAGGGAAAAAAUUACGCUCUAAAAAAGACUAAGAAAGUGGCGUGGUUUGUCUCGAACUGCAAUCCGAACAGCAAUCGUACGAUUUAUGCAAACGAACUCGCCAAACAUAUUAACGUAGACGUGUACGGCGGCUGCGGGACGAAGAAAUGUCCCCGGACGAAACAAGCGGAAUGCUUUCAGAUGCUUAAAAAUGAUUAUAAAUUCUAUUUGUGUUUUGAAAACUCACAUUGCGUUUACUAUGUAACUGAAAAAUUUUUCGGCAAUGCACUGAGUAAUGACGUUUUGCCGAUCGUCAUGGGGCCGAAACGGAGCGAUUACGAACUGAUGGCGCCGAACUAUUCAUUCAUACACGUCGACGACUUCGGGUCACCAAAAGAGCUAGCCGAAUAUUUGCAUUUGUUGGACAAAGACCAUCAGCUGUACAACGAAUACUUCCGAUGGAAAGGCUCGGGCACGGUAACCCGGGACACCAGGUUUUAUUGCCGGUUGUGUGCGAUGCUCCACGACACGAAACGCGCGCCAAGACACUACGAAGACAUCAAUAAGUGGUGGAGAGGCUCUGGCACAUGCCAAAGUUAA